UCAUUUCUCGGAUCCUCACUCUCUCUGAUCCCAAAACCCGGGUCGACCCGAAACACCACCUCUCCCCGAAAAUGGCCCGACCCAGAUUCGUAAUCGAAGCCUCAGAGGCCGAGUCGAUGGCCAAGCAGUCCGGUCUCACCGUCGUCCAGCUCCUCCCGUCCCUCGUCAAGUCCGCCCAGUCCCUCGCCCGGGUCCCCAUCUCCAAAUUCCACGUCGGAGCCGUCGGGUACGGGUCCUCGGGUCGGAUCUUCUUCGGAGUCAACCUCGAGUUCCCGGGCCUCCCUCUCCACUACUCCGUCCACGCCGAGCAGUUCCUCGUCACCAACCUCUCGAUCCAGUCGGAGCCCCGACUCGACUACGUCGCCGUCUCCGCCGCCCCCUGCGGCCAUUGCCGCCAAUUCUUCCAGGAAAUCCGCCGCGCUCAGGACAUCAACAUCCUCAUCACCUCCGAUGAAUCCGGAGACGACGAAAACGACAAGUCGUGCGGCCAGUUCAGCCCGCUCCGCCACCUCCUCCCCCGCCGGUUCGGCCCCGAAGACCUGCUCGGCGAGGACGUGCCGUUAGUCCUCGAGAAACACAACAAUGCCCUAUCGUUCAUCAACAAACCCGAAACUUUCGGGGACGAUUUAUUAAUCCACGCGCUGGAGGCGGCGAAUAGGUCGCACGCGCCGUACAGCCAGUGCCCGUCUGGGGUGGCGAUUAUGGACAGUGAGGGGAAGAUUUACAGAGGGUGGUAUAUGGAGUCGGCGGCGUAUAAUCCGAGCAUGGGUCCGGUAAGGGCGGCGCUGGUGGAUUACAUUGUCAGCGGCGGCGGCGGGUAUGAGCAAAUCGUGGCGGCGGUUCUGGUGGAGAAGGAGGAUGCUUUGGUUAAGCAGGAGCAGACUGCUAGGCUGCUGUUGCAGACCAUUUCUCCCAAGCUCGAAUUUCGGGUUUUGCAUUGCAAAUGAUAAGGAGAAAUGUGUAGUGUUUCGAUUGGGAUUGUUGUUAUUGAGAAAAUAGCAUAGAAUGGAAGAUUGAUUUGUAGCUAUGUGCUUAAUCAGAUUAACGUGUAUGAUAAAGAAGAAAAGAAGCAUGAUUUGGCUGCAUUAUGCCACACAA